AUGAUAUUAUAAAUAAUAUAAACUAAUUAUUAGAUGAACUAUUGCAAACACAUAAUUACAACAAUUAGGAUGAGCAAAUUUUACAUUGUAUUUUCUAUCCUUUAAGUCAUUUUAUCUCUAAUUCUUUUAAUCUAUGUAUGAUAUAUAUACAACUAGAUUAUAACAGAUCCAAUUAGAAAGUACUUUAUCACUUUUGAUUACUUUAGUUUACAUCAAUCGAUAGUUGUCUAAGCAGAAGUGAUAUUAACAUUAGCCAUCCUUAUAGAUAUUUCAUUACGUAUAAUAGCUGAAAAGAAAGUACUAUUAUUUAUUUAAUAUUCUUAAGUUAUUCUUUAAGGACAGAUGGAAUCUAAUAGAUAUAGGAUCUUUUCUUCUUAUUCUGAUUUUACUUCUUGUAUUCUAUUCAAUAAAAAAGUAUAAUAAAAUUGAUAAAAUAAAGUGAAUUAGCUGCUAUUAUUGAUGAUGUGAUUGGAUUGAUUGUUAUUAUCUCAAGAUACAUUGUACAAAUAAUUCGAUUAGUUCUAUUAAUUAAAUAGUAAGAAAUCUCUUAAAUAGAUCACAUAAGGUUAAACAACUCCAAUAAAUUGAUGAUAUUAAAUUUGAAUAGGUAGAUAAAUAAACUGAGGAAAGCACUGUUAAAUAAUAAGCUGAUGUAAAUUUAUGA